AUGGCUCCUGCAGGCAAGCAAAAGAAGAAGUGGUCCAAGGGCAAGGUCAAGGACAAGGCCCAGCACGCCGUCGUCCUCGAGAAGCAGACCGCUGAGAGACUGAACAAGGACGUCCAGUCCUACCGUCUCAUCACCGUCGCCACUCUCGUCGACCGUCUUAAGAUCAACGGCAGCUUGGCCCGCAAGGCCCUCGCUGAUCUCGAGGAGAAGGGACAGAUCAAGAAGGUUGUCGGUCACUCCAAGAUGAACAUCUACACCCGCGCCGUUACCGCCGAGUAA